CAGGUUCAUCCCUUGAGCUCGCCCCCUCACUGCUAAAUCUUUACGACAACAUCAACGCCACCGUGACCAACAGCCAUGGCGGUCACCACAACAACGCCACCGACGGGGCCGACAAGAGCCAACGGGUGCUGACCAAAGUCACCAAGACCCAGUCUCUGCCCGUGCGGUCACAGGCCACGCCCAGGUCCACCCAGGCUCACCAGGCUGCCGACCGCCUGGCGUCCAUGAAGGAGGCGGACGAGAGCGGGGGGAGCCAGGCCCGGGGUCAGCCCGAGACCAAGAAGCGACCGCUGAGCAACAGUUCCAUGUCGUCUGCGUCGAACUCGUCGCUGCAGAGGUUGAGGAAGAAGCGAGCCAACCACCGGGGAGACGACAAAGACUCGCCUGACGCGGCGUCUCAGGGCAAAGGCUCCGGGAGCGGCAAAGAUGGCGGCGAGUUGGCCGACGUGGGUGGCGAGGAGCAGAAGUCAUCUGACGUUGAUGACCCCCGGGACGAUGUGGACUCGAGCCCUUACGUAGCGUGGGAAGAGGCGUGCGCCCCUUCUGAAAUGGAUGGGGUGCACACCCCGGAUGGGGUGCACACCCCUCUUUUAGACGAAAACCCGUCAAAGCUACCUAAGGCGCCAUUGAGUCAGCGCUCCGACUUUUCCUCCACCCCGAACUCAACCAGCAGCCCGAAACCAAAUGACAUUUCAAGGUCGUGGAUACCUCGCGGUAAAAGACCAGAUUCCAUUUUAAACGGACGCGUAUCCACGUCCACAUCGGAUCUGGAUAAUUCCAAAAACUCCAGGCGUAUAUACCCGCAAUCUCCACCAGCAGCAGGUUCAUCCACAUCCGGGGUUUCUGGGACUCUCCAGACUUCUCAGUCGACCCCGGACAGCACACGCUCCACGAGCUCUUCCUCGCGCCACGAGGCUAGGAAGAGAUUCUUCUCAAACUACGAGGACUCAUUUGGGGGCUCGACAGCAAUGCCCCCUAUGUCUCACCAAGAAAAGGGUUCCGCGCCCUCUGUAUUUUCUCCAUCGACAGACGCGUCCGUGAAAACACAUGUGCUCGAUGACUUACCAUCUAAGCCUCCAGAGAAUGGCAGAAAGCAGUCUUCAGGUAGUGGUAGGGGGAAUUCUUCAGAGAAGUCGUCUACACCAGUUAACGAAAGUUUAGUCAAGCAGACCACUGCGAGACCCGUUGGAUCUAGCCGUAGCGACCGAGAGAGUGGGCCCGUCGCCCCCACCGAGAAGUCCCACCGGAGAACAGAACGCCGCAGUGCCUUUAGGGCAGAGAACCAGGGCAGCGCCAACUCGAGCCUCCAGAAGACAGCCUUCACCAAGUCCACCAAGAGGAAAGAAACAGGGGCUGAGUCCGGGAAUAAGUCCGGCCCGGUGUAUGUCAGUUAUGUUCAGAGAGUGGUCACCGAGAUUAUAGAGUCAGAGCGGAUAUACAUCGGCAGCCUGGAGGAUAUCAUAAACGUGAGUAGCAUGUUAGGGGUUUAAGAAUAGCAUGUUAGGGGUUCAAACGUAGCAUUUUAAGGGUUUCAAGAGUGGCAUUUUAGGGAUUCAAGAGUAGCAUGUGAGGGGUUUCAAGAGUAGCAUGUGAGGGGUUCCAGAGUAGCAUGUGAGGGGUUCAAGAGUAGCAUUUGAGGGGUUCAAGAGUAGCAUGUGAGGGGUUCAAGAGUAGCAUGUGAGGGGUUCAAGACUACCAUGUGAGGGGUUCAAGACUACCAUGUGAGGGGUUCAAGAGUAGCAUGUGAGGGGUUCAAGAUUAGCAUGUGAGGGGUUCAAGAGUAGCAUGUGAGGGGUUUCAAGAGAAGUAUGUGAGGGGUUUCAAGAGUAGCAUGUGAGGGGUUUCAAGAGUAGCAUGUGAGGUAGUAGCAUGUGAGGGGUUCAAGAUUAGCAUGUGAGGGGUUCAAGAGUAGCAUGUGAGGGGUUUCAAGAGAAGUAUGUGAGGGGUUUCAAGAGUAGCAUGUGAGGGGUUUCAAGAGUAGCAUGUGAGGGGUUCAAAAGUAGCAUGUGAGAGUUCAAGAGUAGCAUGUGAGGGGUUCAAGAGUAGCAUGUGAGGGAUUUCAAGAGUAGCAUGUGAGGGGUUCAAGAGUAGCAUGAGAGGGGUUCAAGAGUAGCGUGUGAGGGGUUUCAAGAGUAACAUGUGAGGGGUUCAAGAGUAGCAUGUGAGGGGUGCAAGAGUAGCAUGUGAGGGGUUCAAGAGUGGCAUGUGAGUUGUGAUAUUAUAGCAAAACAAAACAUACCCAUUUAUAUGGUACAUAACAUACGUUUUAGGAAAUUUGAUAGAACUUUUCAUACUUUUGGGCUUAUAACAUAACGUAAUACGCCUUCAUGUAGGACAUAUAAUAUAACAUAACACACCUUCAUGUAGGACAUAUAAUAUAACAUAACACACCUUCAUGUAGGACAUAUAAUAUAACAUAACACACCUUCAUUAGGACAUAUAAUAUAACAUAACACACCUUAAUGUAGGACAUAUAUAACAUAACACACCUUCAUCAGGACAUAUUAUAUAACAACACACCUUCAUGUAGGACAUAUAAUAUAACAACACACCUUCAUGUAGGACAUAUAAUAUAACAUAAAACACCUUCAUGUAGGACAAUUAACAUAAAGUAACACACCUUCAUAUAGGACAAUUAACAUAACGUAACACACCUUCAUGUAGGACAAUUAACAUAAAGUAACACACCUUCAUGUAAGACAAUUAACAUAAAGUAACACACCUUCAUGUAGGACAAUUAACAUAAAGUAACACACCUUCAUGUAGGACAAUUAACAUAAAGUAACACACCUUCAUGUAGGACAAUUAACAUAAAGUAACACACCUUCAUGUAGGACAAUUAACAUAAAGUAACACACCUUCAUGUAGGACAAUGGUAAAUGAAAUGACCGUUUGUCCACUGGUCAAUGUGACGUCCUUCGCCCAUCAUUACAGUUCAACAAGAUCACAUUGUAGUGAUUCACUUCAGCCUCUUCUUACCACCACCACCACCCUUCCCCCGAACCGUCCUUAUUUUAAUCUGUAAUCAAAAUGCUAUAAUCCAUACUAUAUCAACUGUUCAAGCCCAGUUUUAAGAAAUAGUAACCCACCUUCAACCCGUGGCGUCGGAGGAGUAUGCGGAGAGGGUGGUUCGCCCCGGGCACCAUUUCUAUUCUUUAUACUUUAUACGGAGGGGCGGAAUUUUCGGACUACUGCAGAGUUUGGUUAUUGCUUUUUUUUCGUGAAAGAAGGGCGGCACAAAUACUGGUCCUCCCCCGGGUGGCACAAAUACUGGUCCUCCCCCGGGUGGCACUUACCCUUGCAAAAAAGCUGACUACACAUCUUUCCUAUUGUUAUCUACCCUUGCAUUCAGUGUCUUUCCUAUUGUUAUCUAUCCUUGCAUUCAGUGUCUUUCCUAUUGUUAUCUACCCUUGCAUUUAAUGUCUUUCCUAUUGUUAUCUACCCUUGCAUUCAGUGUCUUUCCUAUUGUUAUCUCCCCUUGCAUUCAGUGUCUUUCCUAUUGUUAUCUACCCUUGCAUUUAAUGUCUUUCCUAUUGUUAUCUACCCUUGCAUUCAGUGUCUUUCCUAUUGUUAUCUCCCCUUGCAUUCAGUGUCUUUCCUAUUGUUAUCUACCCUCGCAUUCAGUGUCUUUCCUAUUGUUAUCUACCCUCGAAUUCCGUGUCUUUCCUAUUGUUAUCUACCCUUGCAUUCAGUGUCUUUCCUAUUGUUAUCUACCCUUGCAUUCAGUGUCUUUCCUAUUGUUAUCUACCCUCGAAUUCCGUGUCUUUCCUAUUGUUAUCUACCCUUGCAUUCCGUGUCUUUCCUAUUGUUAUCUACCCUUGCAUUCAGUGUCUUUCCUAUUGUUAUCUACCCUUGCAUUCAGUGUCUUUCCUUCAGUUCCUUUCCUUUUGUUAACUACCCUUGCCUUAAGUGUCUUUCCUAUUGUUAUCUACCCUUGCAUUCAGUGUCUUUCCUAUUGUUAUCUACCCUUGCAUUCAGUGUCUUUCCUUCAGUUCCUUUCCUUUUGUUAACUACCCUUGCCUUAAGUGUCUUUCUUAUUGGUAUUUACCCUUGCAUUCAGUGUCUUUCCUAUUGUUAUCUACCCUUGCAUUCAGUGUCUUUCCUUCAGUUCCUUUCCUUUUGUUAACUACCCUUGCAUUAAGUGUCUUUCCUAUUGUUAUCUACCGUUGCAUUCAGUGUCUUUCCUAUUGUUAUCUACCCUUGCAUUCAGUGUCUUUCCUUCAGUUCCUUUCCUUUUGUUAACUACCCUUGCAUUCAGUGUCUUUCCUAUUGUUAUCUACCCUUGAAUUCAUUGUCUACGCCUUCUUUAUCUUCCUCUUAACUAUUAUUAUAUCUCUGCAUUAAGCGUCUGUACCAACUUUUUCUUGCAUACAACGUCUCCUCUAAUGGGUCUUCUACCCAUCUACUCAGUCUUCUCAUGUUAAUGGUCUGGUUUCUCCCUUGGUAAUGGUCUGGUUUGUCCCUUGGUAAUGGUCUGGUUUCUCCCUUGGUAAUGGUCUGGUUUGUCCCUUAGUAAUGGUCUGGUUUCUCCCUUAGUAAUGGUCUGGUUUCUCCCUUAGUAAUGGUCUGGUUUCUCCCUUGUUAAUGGUCUGGUUUGUCUCUUGGUAAUGGUCUGGUUUCUCCCUUGGUGAUGGUCUGGUUUGUCCCUUGGUAAUGGUCUGGUUUCUCCCUUGGUAAUGGUCUGGUUUGUCCCUUGGUAAUGGUCUGGUUUCUCCCUUGGUAAUGGUCUGGUUUGUCCCUUGGUAAUGGUCUGGUUUCUCCCUUGGUAAUGGUCUGGUUUGUCCCUUAGUAAUGGUCUAGUUUCUCCCUUAGUAAUGGUCUGGUUUCUCCCUUAGUAAUGGUCUGGUUUCUCCCUUGUUAAUGGUCUGGUUUGUCUCUUGGUAAUGGUCUGGUUUCUCCCUUGGUGAUGGUCUGGUUUGUCCCUUGGUAAUGGUCUGGUUUCUCCCUUAGUAAUGGUCUGGUUUCUCCCUUGUUAAUGGUCUGGUUUGUCUCUUGGUAAUGGUCUGGUUUCUCCCUUGGUGAUGGUCUGGUUUGUCCCUUGGUAAUGGUCUGGUUUCUCCCUUGUUAAUGGUCUGGUUUGUCCCUUGGUAAUGGUCUUGUUUGUCCCUUAGUAGUGGUCUAGUUUAUCCCUUAGUAAUGGUCUGGUUUGUCCCUUAGUAAUGGUCUGGUUUGUCUCUUGGUAAGGGUCUGGUUUGUCCCUUAGUAAUGGUCUGGUUUGUCCCUUAGUAAUGGUCUGGUUUGUCCCUUGGUAAUGGUCUGGUUUGUCCCUUGGUGAUGGUCUGGUUUCUCCCUUUUUACACGUAGGCUUUUCGUUUCGACCUCGAACUGGAGAACUGAAUAACUUCCCUUUACUUUCAUCCAACCUGCCCCGCCCUCCGCUUGUUGGUUAGACCGUGUCCUUGGGAUAGGGCCUCCUGUCUUGUAAGAUGUCUUCCAUAUCACUUAAGAUCCCACCUUCUGACGUGUGAAACCCCCUCCUCCCCCCACCCUCACUGCCCCCGAACCCAACGGGAUCCCACCUCAUCGACCUUGUGAACUUGAUGACCUGCAUGGAGUUAUUCCCCAUUGUGCGCUCACAAACCAGUGUAAUCUUGUAGAAGGACGCGAAACGUGUCUCUCACGAGGUCAUAUGUCAGGACAAGGCAAAUCACGUGUCUCUCACGUGGUCAUAUGUCAGGACAAGGCAAAUCACGUGUCUCUCACGUGGUCGUAUGUCAGGACAAGGUAACACACGAUUGACAGCACGCUGCAGCCGUGACGGACAACGGCGUCGGUCAGUCAGGUCGAUUGUGCCGCCACAAGACAUUCGGAAAUGAUACAUGUGUCUCACAGCGUAUCUUUUUUUUUUUUCAUUGUUAUGACAAUAGUAACAUGGAAGACUUAUUAUGAAGACAUUGCUACCAUGGAAGACUUAUUAUGAAGACAUUGGUAACAUGGACGACUUAUUAUGAAGACAUUGGUAACAUGGACGACUUAUUAUGAAGACAUUGCUACCAUGGAAGACUUAUUAUGAAGACAUUGGUAACAUGGACGACUUAUUAUGAAGACAUUGCUACCAUGGAAGACUUAUUAUGAAGACAUUGGUAACAUGGACGACUUAUUAUGAAGACAUUGCUACCAUGGAAGACUUAUUAUGAAGACAUUGGUAACAUGGACGACUUAUUAUGAAGACAUUGCUACCAUGGAAGACUUAUUGUGAAGACAAUGGUAUCGUGGUAGAACUCGUACUCGUCGGCUGGUCCGAAUCACCGCUGAAUCUCGCGCUCACCUUUCGCCGGUGCGAUGCAGUGAGGUAAAACCUGCGACCGAUCCAGCAUGGCGAUAGGGCUUGGCUUUAUACAAGAAGAAGACCUCUGGAUGACCUUAACUCCAAGCCUUACAAUAAAUAGAGAACGUCCUAUGUAUAUCUAGCCGUGAGCGCAUUGUUUUAUCUCUCUCUCUCUCUCCCUCUCUCUCUCUCUCUCUCUCUCUCUCUCUCUCUCUCUCUCUCUCUCUCUCUUAAACGGCAGGGGUGACUGCGAUCUUUCCUUCCUCCCGACCCCACCCCAAAUUGUCGAAGGAUCUGAAAAAUAAAAAUCAGCAGCCUACUCUGUAAUGAUUGUUUCCAUUACCGAAUGAUCUCAGAAUAGAAUCGGCUUCUCGCUGUUUUAUGUCCCAUGUCAAGGGUUCUCAAUAUAGACCCAGCAGCCAUUAAUUUGUAUUCUCAACAAAAAACAAAAAUUAAACCAAACGAUUCUCAAUACGCAAGACAGUGGAGUCGGAGCAAAUACCUAUUAAACCUGACAGCUCUUACGGGCUAACGGUUCUCACUUUGACGUCAUUGGAUGUGGAUUUUCCCGAUGAAAGAAUUGUACGUAAACAAUUUUUAGUCGGAGCAACGUAACGACACACACACAUACACGUUUUGAAAUCAUCUCUAUUAAUUUCUUUUUUCGUCGUGGCUGGCAAAAGCUUCGGAAGGCUAAUUAACCUACUUCCUGUCAACCUAUCGAGCUGAAACUUGGCACAGACUCCUUAACGAUGACAAGACAUUCCUUUAAAUGUUUAGCCCCACCCCAACAUCACUUUUUUCCUGUUUUUUAAAUAAUAGAUGAAGGAAAUAUGAUACCACUGAUUUCAUGAAAUAAAAUUCCCCCCAUAGCUGCGCUAAAAAAAAAAAUUCACCAGUGAGUUGGUAAUAUUUUCUUUUGUUGGUGGUUGGGGGGGGGGGAGGGGGGUUGCCAUGACAUUAGAAUAUUGCUAUGAAAUAAAUCUUUAAAAAAUGCAUGUCAAGGAUCUAUACGGAAAACACAGUUUUGAUAGUUUUUUUUUUAAAUUUCGCAUCAAACUUCUUGGAUUAACUGAGAUGGAAAGUGGAGGUACACCACCACGACUGCACUGUUGUAGAGCGCACUCCUGUUGAACGGAAGGUAUGUUGCACUUUUUGUGCCACUGUUGCCACUGAAAAACGUGUGUUUCCUGUUUGAAAUUUCACGACUUAUAUUUUCAUAUCGAGGCUCGACCUAUGUUUGAAAUUUCACGACCUAUAUUUUCAUAUCGAGGCUCCACCUAUGUUUGAAAUUUCACGACUUAUAUUUUCAUAUCGAGGCUCGACCUAUGUUUGAAAUUUCACGACCUAUAUUUUCAUAUCGAGGCUCCACCUAUGUUUGAAAUUUCACGACUUAUAUUUUCAUAUCGAGGCUCGACCUAUGUUUGAAAUUUCACGACCUAUAUUUUCAUAUCGAGGCUCCACCUAUGUUUGAAAUUUCACGACUUAUAUUUUCAUAUCGAGGCUCGACCUAUGUUUGAAAUUUCACGACCUAUAUUUUCAUAUCGAGGCUCCACCUAUGUUUGAAAUUUCACGACUUAUAUUUUCAUAUCGAGGCUCGACCUAUGUUUGAAAUUUCACGACCUAUAUUUUCAUAUCGAGGCUCCACCUAUGUUUGAAAUUUCACGACUUAUAUUUUCAUAUCGAGGCUCGACCUAUGUUUGAAAUUUCACGACCUAUAUUUUCAUAUCGAGGCUCCACCUAUGUUUGAAAUUUCACGACUUAUAUUUUCAUAUCGAGGCUCGACCUAUGUUUGAAAUUUCACGACUUAUAUUUUCAUAUCGAGGCACACACCUAUGUUUGAAAUUUCACGACUUAUAUUUUCAUAUCGAGGCUCGACCUAUGUUUGAAAUUUCACGACCUAUAUUUUCAUAUCGAGGCUCCACCUAUGUUUGAAAUUUCACGACUUAUAUUUUCAUAUCGAGGCUCCCACCUAUGUUUGAAAUUUCACGACUUAUAUUUUCAUAUCGAGGCUCCCACCUAUGUUUGAAAUUUCACGACUUAUAUUUUUAUAUGGAGGCUCCACCUAAUUUCGAUAGGCCAAAAGGUUCUCCUGAGUGAAACCACACGGAACAUAUUUUUAUUUUUGUAUUAGCUCUAGGGCCCUUUGCAAACAUGGGUUUUUAGCCACGUUUGGUGUACGUUUUAGAACCACUGUCAAACGAAUGUUUGUUCAACACACGCACCUACGUCGAUUGCCCUUGUGUGUUAAGAAGCAAAUCGGUAUACCAACAAACACACGUCCGGUCUUUUCAGUGGAACUAUUGGGUACUGGUUUUUUCACUACCAUGAAGACCCGCAGGACGCAUUGGUUUGAACCCACCUCUCAUGUGAUUCGAGAGUUGUGUGAGAGGGGGGGGGGGUCUAGCGGGGCGUGGGGGUUCUGGUACACGCUUAUGGGGAUAAUGAAAUUUGUACAUAUUUGCUCCAUCGCCCCUACCUCGACAUUAUAUGGCACCCACACUAAAAUAUAACUGUGCCUCAUGUACCUCCAAUAAUUUGGUAGGUUUCUCUAGAUCCGCCUCUGCUUAAGCCAGCGGUUCUCAACCUGUGGGUCGCGACCCCUUUGGGGGUCGAAUGACCCUUUCCCAGGGGGUCGCCUAAGACCACCGGAAAACACGCUACAGAUAUGAUGUGGCAACGUAAAUAAUUUUAUGGUUGGGGGUCGCCACAACACGAGUCGCUGUACUAAAGAGUCGCGGCAUUAGGAAGGUUGAGAACCACUGGCUCAAAGCAUUCUCAGAGCCCGUGUGGGACGGUACACAACAAAUGGUCAAAGUCUUGUCUUCAUCUCACGGCGCUCUGUAUGACUGCCGAGUGAGUCAUGACCUGGCGGUGGAAGGUCGAACAAGAUAACCAUUGUGUACCCUUGACGGAAUGUGAGAGCACGGGCGGAUGCAAGGAGGGUGUAGGCAACUGAGGGCGUAUCUCCGUUCAUAUUUAUAUUUUAAUUAAAAGAAACAACUAAUAUAUCGGUCUAUAAAGUGGCGCCGUAAAUGCCCCAUUCAACACCCCAUUCAACACCCCAUUCGACACCCCAUUCGACACUCCAUUCAACACCCCGUUCAACACCCCAUUCAACACCCCAUUCGACUUCCCAUUCAACACCCCAUUCGACUUCCCAUUCAACACCCCAUUCAACACCCCAUUCAACACCCCAUUCGACACCCCAUUCGACACUCCAUUCAACACCCCAUUCAACCAGCCACUCAACACCCCAUUCGACACCCCAUUCGACACCCCAUUCGGCACCCCAUUCGACGAACAACGCAUGACUCUAACCCACAUGAUCAAACUUUUUUUCACUAGUAUCCCCAUCUGUUCAUGACAGAAUCUAUAAUUUAUUUUCCAAUAGCACUUUUCUGUGCUUUUCUGCGACACCAAAUCUGUUGCGCAGAACGAUCUGAUCCUACAACGAAAUGGUUAUGUACUCAUUAGGGACUCAUUUGGGGACUCAUUGGGGACCCAUUGGGGACUCAUUAGGGACCCAUUGGGGACCGGUGUGGAGCGGAUUAAGUUCGUAGUGAAGUGUCCUGGUUAUACGAAUACGGACCCUUUUGGUUUUUUUUCUUUGGUUGUGGAGGGGGGUGAAAAGGGGGGAGGGGGUGAAGGUCAGUACCCGGCUCAGCCCCAGAAUACACAUCUAUAACUAUCAGAUGUCUUAUGGUAUCACCCUCCCGUCAUAAAUCUUACCAUUCCGCUUAUGGCGUGCGAGUCAUAGGUAUAGAGACCACACCUGGGGCAAGGGAGGCAUAAGGGACCACACCUGGGAUAAGGGAGUUCCAUGUUUUCAGCUUCAUUGCUAAAAGGGUCGGAGGGGGGGCUGAGGUAUAUGCCAUUCUUUUGUGGGGGACAGCGAAGGAUUUAGGGAUUGGGGCACUCGAGUGCGUUUUCUCUAGGACUGUAGAGAUAGCUAUGGCGAUACUGUGAAGGACUGUAGAGAUAGCUAUGGCGAUACUGUGAAGGACUGUAGAGAAAGCUAUGGCGAUACUGUGAAGGACUGUAGAGAUAGAAAUGGCGAUACUAUGAAGGACUAUAGAGAUAGAUAUGGCGAUACUGUGAAGGACUGUAGAGAUAGAUAUGGCGAUACUGUGAAGGACUGUAGAGAUAGAUAUGGCGAUACUGUGAAAGACUGUAGAGAUAGAUAUGGCGAUACUGUGAAAGACUGUAGAGAUAGAUAUGGCGAUACUGUGAAGGACUGUAGAGAUAGAUAUGGCGAUACUGUGAAGGACUGUAGAGAUAGAUAUGGCGAUACUAUGAAGGCCGGUUUAGAUAGAUAGAGCUAUAGUAUGACGGACUGUUGAAAUAGAUUGUCUAUACUAUGAGGGACUGUUGAAAUAGAUUGUCUAUACUAAAAGGCCUGUUUAAAUAGAUAUGGCUAUCCUAUGAAGGGCUGUUGAAAUAAAUAUAUAUCUAUACUAUAAAAGCCCGUUGAAAUAGAUAGGGCUCUACCAUGAAGUCCUGUAUGAAAUAGAUAUGGCUGUACUAUGACACAUACAAGCAAAUAGUUACUAAAAAGGAAAUGUAUCUGGCCCUGUACGUUUGACCUAGUUCCACCCCUCCCCACUAGCUCAUCUCCCCACUCGUUCAUCUCCCCACUCGUUCGUCUCCCCACUAGUUCAUCUCCCCACUAGUUCAUCUCCCCACUAGUUCAUCUCCCCAUUAGUUCAUCUCCCCACUAGUUCAUUACCCCACUAGUUCAUCUCCCCAUUAGUUCAUCUCCCCACUAGUUCAUCUCCCCACUAGUUCAUUUCCCCACUAGUUCAUCUCCCCUCUAGUUCAUCUCCCCACUAGUUCAUCACCCCACUAGUUUAUCUCCCCAUUAGUUCAUCUCCCCACUAGUUCAUCUCCCCAUCAGUUCAUCUCCCCAUUAGUUCAUUUCCCCACUAGUUCAUUUCCCCACUAGUUCAUCUCCCCAUUAGUUCAUUUCCCCAUUAGUUAAUCUCCCGAAUGGUUCAUUUCCCCACUGGUUCAUUUCCCCACUGAUGCAUCUCCCCAUUAGUUCAUUUUCCCAUUAGUUCAUUUCCCCAUUAGUUCAUUUCCCCAUUAGUUCAUCUCCCCACUAGUUCAUUUCCCCACUAGUUCAUCUCCUCAUUAGUUCAUCUCCCCAUUAUUUCAUCUCCCCAUUAGUUCAUCUCCCCAUUAGUUCAUCUCCUCCCCACUAGUUCAUCUCCCGAAAGGUUCAUCUCCCCACUAUUUCAUUUCCCCAUUAGGUCAUUUCCCCACUAGUUCAUCUCCCCAUUAGUUCAUUUCCCCACUAUUUCAUUUCCCCACUAGUUCAUCUUCCCAUUAGUUCAUCUCCCCAUUAGUUCAUCUCCCCACUAGUUCAUCUCCCCAUUAGUUCAUCUCCCCACUAGUUCAUCUCCCGAAUGGUUCAUUUCCCCACUGGUUCAUCUCCCCACUGAUGCAUCACCCUACUAGUUCAUCUCCCCAUUUGUUCAUCUCCAGAAUGGUUCAUCUCCCCACUGGUUCAUCUCCCCACUGGUUCAUCUCCCCACUAGUUCAUCUCCCCACUAGUUUAUUUUCCCAUUAGUACCCCCCACCCCCUCCCCUCCCCCACUUUCACCUACACCAGUCGAAGAACGAUUAUCUCUGUCCCACUACUCCAUUGAAAUGUCAGCUGAUGAAAUAGUCUUAGGAAUGACGUCACACGGUCACAUAUUUUCAUUUAUUUUUUUUUAAAGGAAAUUAUGGCACCGGUGCUUCCUUCUUCGGCAGACAUUGGACUCCUUCAAACCAGCACACACUUUAACAUCUCCACCCCCUACUCCACGCCACCCCCCCCCACAAACACAUCCACACAGCUCCCCUAAUCUCAACUGCUUGAUCAACCAAGAAUCUCUCUCCACAGGGCUACCUGACGCCGUUGGAACAGCUUCUCAACUCUGAGGACGCCAAGAAAGAUGUGGAGUGUCUGUUCGGGAAUAUCCGCCAGAUCUACCAGUUCGGGUGGUCAGUUCUCUUAGACAUAAAACACGUUUACACUGUAUUAUUGUAUUUCAAUGUUUUGACAGUCAGAGCUCAAGCCUAAGAUAAAGUUGGAGUUUCACAUGAUUUGCUAUCUUGGGUGGAAAUAACUCUGUAUUUCUGGAUAGCAAAUAUCAGACCCAGUCCAAAACAAAACAAAAAAAAAAAAAAAAUUCCGAAAGGAAUGAUAAAAACAUAAAUUAAAAUUUGAUAAUUUAAAAAGAAUUAUUUCUGGAUAGAAAAUAUCAGACCCAGUCCAAAAAAAAAAAAAAAAAAAAAAAAAUUCCGAAAGGAAUGAUAAAAACAUAAAUUAAAAUUUGAUAAUUUAAAAAGAAAGGGUAAUGUUGAUACUUUUCCGUGCCAAUGAAAUCAUUUAAAGCUGAUAAAGAUGCAGCGGCGUAGGAAGGAGGGGGUCGGGGCGCCCAUGGUGGUGCUUUUUUCUUUAAAUUUGAGGGGGCCAUUUUCGUUUGGUUUCUUUUUUUUUUAGUGGUAGGGGAUCAAAAUAAUUUUCGUCUUGCUCUGGCGUGACUGUCUCCACCCUAACUACUUUGAUUUAAAGCUUUGUUCAAUUGGCUUUAGCUUUGAGCCUUGAGCCAGAUGACGUGAGGUAACCUUUAUGUUCUUCAUCUCCCCCCCAGCAUUUUUCUGACGGACCUGGAGUCGACGGGGGCUGAUCCGGUCAAGGUCGCCGAAUGUUUUGUCAAGCACAACAAGGGCUUCGUCAUCUACGCCGACUACUGUACCAACUACCCCAGGUAUGUUUGUUGUACCAACCACCCUAGGUUCGUCUGUUGUACCAACCACCACAGGUAUGUCUAUUUUACCAACCACCAUAGGUAUGUCUAUUGUACCAACCAACAUAGGUAUGUCUGUUGUACCAACCACCCUAGGUUCGUCUGUUGUACCAACCACCACAGGUAUGUCUAUUGUACCAACCACCCUAGGUUCGUCUGUUGUACCAACCACCACAGGUAUGUCUAUUGUACCAACCACCCUAGGUUUGUCUGUUGUACCAACCACCACAGGUAUGUCUAUUGCACCAACCACCACAGGUGUGUCUAUUGUACCAACCACCACAGGUAUGUCUAUUGUACCAACCACCCUAGGUUCGUCUGUUGUACCAACCACCACAGGUAUGUAUAUUGUACCAACCACCACAGGUAUGUCUGUUGCACGAACCACCCCAGGCAUGUCUGUUGUACCAAUCACCACAGGUACAUCUGUUGUACCAACUACCCCAGUUAUGUCCAUUGUACCAACCACCCCAAGGUAUGUAUGUUGUACCAACCACCACAGGUAUUUCUUUGUACCAGCUACCCAGGUAUGCCUGUUGUACUAACAUCCAAGGUAUUUCUAUUGUAUCUACCAUCCCAGGUAUGUAUGUCGUGUCAUUCGAACCCAUGGGGUAUUUCUUUUGUAACAACUAAGUCUCCAACAAAUAAGAAAUGCUUGUCUAAUAUACCAACUACCCCAGGUAUGUCAACUGUACCAACAUUAGGGAGGUCUGUCUAUCAUACAACUACCCCGGGUAUGUCUGUCGUACCAAAAUACCCAAGGGCACAUGAUCCGCUGGAACAACCUGGAAAUCUCGGGGAAGGUGGAAUACAAUGCACCCAUUAAUUGUCCAUGCUUGUUUGUUAUUUACAUUCACCUCCCUGAAUUUGUCUUGAGUUUAGAAUUGCACUGAAGAUCAAUCAGCUCCAUUUGAAGCGCAAUAUAUAUAUAUAUAAAUGUGUGUAUGUGUGGGGAAAAGGGGGGGGGGCAUCUUCCACAUUGAAGGAGAAAGAAUCAACAAUAAUUUUUUUUAAAGUGACUCUGUGUUUUGAAGUCUGCAAGCAUGUGUUAAAAUUUUUCCUGUAGCUUUGCAAUGGCAUCAGUACACUUGCUACUGAAUGGUGUGCCCGAGUCCAUGAGCACUUUUGCAUGUUGGUAAAUGGCAGAGGUUUCUCUGAGAACCAUAACACAAGUUUUGCGCGGAAUGCCCCGACAUUGUCGUAGGCAACACUGACAAGCUACCCCUGGUCUUGUAACUUCUUGUCGAGUACAUUCAGCUCCAGUGGAUUGUCAACAAGAAAAGCCAUGUCCAUGAGCUGUUUGGGAUCACUUCGUACAGGAACAACCACCCCACCCUUCUCCAUUAGGGCUUAAACCAUGGGCAGGAGCAGGGCAUUUUUAUGAAUUAUUGAUUCGAAGGAAGAACCUAAUUGUAGGGAGAAUGAAUUUUCAUGUUUUAACGUAGAAAAGAUCUUUUUGACCAACCCUAAUUGGAAAGUGGCCAAGCUGACAGGCUCGGAAUUUCCCUAACUCGUAAACACUAGUGGCAAAUUUAAUAGGGAUUAUUUGAUAAUGUAUCAGAUUAUUCCGAUGUACACAAUUAUGCUUGUGCAAUUCCCAAUUUUAAAAACUUUACUCAUAACCUCAAUCGUGCCAUGUUUGUCUCAUAAAAUGCUAUAAAAUAAAAACUUUUAGUCCAGUUUUAAAACGGUUCUUACCAUUAUAAUCAACAUACAAAUAUAAAAAAAAAAAACAUAAUAAAAAUCAGAAUGAGACUAGUCGGUGAGACUCGACUGAAACCGUCGCGGAGGGUCACGUUCUAGAUAGAAUGGGGGGAAUGAGCGGGCCGCAUCAACACUGAACUUUGCUGUCAUGUAGCGGGCCGCAAAUAUCGUCUAGCGAGUCGCAAAUGGCCCGCGGGCCGCGACUUUGAGACCCCUGUCUUAUAUCAAGUGAUCUACCCUUGAGUAGUGUUCCACUAUUUAAGCUGGAAUACCAACAGAACAUAAAAAUAAGGGAAAUUAAAAAAAAAAUUUAAAAAAUUUUGGGUUGAAAUUCCAUACCCAAAUAAAAACAAGUAAAUUGAACAAAAGCUAAUGAGUCUUUUCCAGGCGGGUUUGGUGCAAGGAAACCAGCCACACACUAAGCAAUAUUGAGAUAGAUAUGUGUGUAUGUGUGUGAGUCGUACGCCAAAUACUUAGUGUUUGACCGUGUCAAUGAGUGUGAACCAAUCAGAUGUUCAAAGUUCAAAGUGUGGGAUCAAUGGUCAAAGCGUGUGAUCAAAGGCUAUUGCUUGGGAUCAAAGGUCAAUGCUUGCGAUCAAUGGUCAAAGCGUGUGAUUAAAGUUCAAAAGUUGGGGUCAAAGUUCAAAGCGCGGGAUCAAAGCUCAAAGCGUGGGAUCAAAACUCAAAGCGACGGAAAACAAAUUUUACCCGUCGUUGCUAGAGACACCAAGAAGGUGACUUGUCACGUGACCCAACACCUUGUAACGGACACAUGUGCUGUGCUAUAUGACGUCAAACCUUUGGACAGUUAGUCAUUUAGCCAAUCAGCGCCCCUUUAGUUUCACGUCGAUGCGUGAUUUUCAUCAUCUUGAAGGAAUUCUUUUGCCGCGGCACACCUAGCGUCGUCUCGCGGCACACCAGUUGCGGAGCUCUGGUCUAUUUCAUUGUUAUACUAGCAACCACCAACCUUGUUGAGAUCCUCGCUACAGAAUCUGACUAAUCAAAUACCCGAAAACCCACUUAUAUCGACUGUAGUUUCUGUUCUCAAGCAUUGUAUUGUUUGUUAUUCACUUCCUCCUACACCCUUCGUGUGAAUAGCGUGGCCUUAUUGGAAGGUGUGGCCUUAUUGGAAGGUGUGGCUUUAUUGGGGAGGGUGGCUUUAUUGGGGAGGCGUGGCUUUAUUGGGAAGGCGUGGCUUUAUUGGGGAGGUCCGUCUUUAGUGGGGAGGCGUGGGCGUGGCUUUAUUUGGGAGGGGUGGCUUUAUUGGGGAGGCGUGGCUUUAUUGGGGAGGCGUGGCUUUAUUGGGGAGGUCCGUCUUUAGUGGGGAGGCGUGGGCGUGGAUUUAUUUGGGAGGGGUGGCUUUAUUGGGGAGGGUGGCUUUAUUGGGGAGGGUGGCUUUAUUGGGGAGGGUGGCUUUAUUGGGGAGGGUGGCUUUAUUGGGGAGGGUGGCUUUAUUGGGGAGGGUGGCUUUAUUGGGGAGGGUGGCUUUAUUGGGGAGGGUGGCUUUAUUGGGGAGGGUGGCUUUAUUGGGGAGGGUGGCUUUAUUGGGGAGGGUGGCUUUAUUGGGGAGGGUGGCUUUAUUGGGGAGGGUGGCUUUAUUGGGGAGGGUGGCUUUAUUGGGGAGGGUGGCUUUAUUGGGGAGGAUGGCUUUAUUGGGGAGGGUGGCUUUAUUGGGGAGGGUGGCUUUAUUGGGGAGGGUGGCUUUAUUGGGGAGGAUGGCUUUAUUGGGGAGGGUGGCUUUAUUGGGGAGGGUGGCUUUAUUGGGGAGGGUGGCUUUAUUGGGGAGGAUGGCUUUAUUGGGGAGGGUGGCUUUAUUGGGGAGGGUGGCUUUAUUGGGGAGGGUGGCUUUAUUGGGGAGGAUGGCUUUAUUGGGGAGGGUGGCUUUAUUGGGGAGGGUGGCUUUAUUGGGGAGGAUGGCUUUAUUGGGGAGGAUGGCUUUAUUGGGGAGGGUGGCUUUAUUGGGGAGGAUGGCUUUAUUGGGGAGGAUGGCUUUAUUGGGGAGUGUGGCUUUAUUGGGGAGGGUGGCUUUAUUGGGGAGGUGUGGCUUUAUUGGGGAGGAUGGCUUUAUUGGGGAGGGUGGCUUUAUUGGGGAGGAUGGCUUUAUUGGGGAGGAUGGCUUUAUUGGGGAGGAUGGCUUUAUUGGGGAGGGUGGCUUUAUUGGGGAGGAUGGCUUUAUUGGGGAGGUGUGGCUUUAUUGGGGAGGUGUGGCUUUAUUGGGGAGGAUGGCUUUAUUGGGGAGGUGUGGCUUUAUCAUGAAUAUACAGUAUUCCCUAUCAUUAAGAUACAGCAUUCCCUAUCAUUAAAAUACAGUAUUCCCUAUCAUUAAAAUACAGUAUUCCCUAUCAUUAAAAUACAGUAUUCCCUAUCAUAAUUGAAAUACAGUAUUCCCUAUCAUGAAAAUACAGUAUUCCCUAUCAUGAAAAUACAGUAUUCCCUAUCAUGAAAAUACAGCAUUCCCUAUAAUUAAAGUACAGUAUUCCCUAUCAUUAAAAUACAGCAUUCCCUAUUAUUAAAACCCAGUAUUCCUCUAUCAUCAAAAUCCUGUAUUCCCUAUCACCAAAAGCCAAUACUUCUCCUUUUAUCAGCAUAAAAUCAAUCAGGUUACUUUCCCCAUUUUUAAAGUCAAAUAUUACAUUUUUUUUAAAACUUGUUUUAUUUUCCCAAGAGUCGGAGCCAUUUUUUCAUGAAACCAACUCACGGUUUUAAAAUUUAAAAAAAUAUCAACUUUAAACGCUUCGUAAUAUGGCCUUCAGAAUAGAAGGCUGUCUUUGAUUGGCUCAUAAUCACUUGCUUGUGACUUGACCUAAUCAAUCACUUAGACGAGUCAAUGGAGGGAUAAGUGAGAAGGGAUUAAGAGGGAUUUUAACGCCUUGAUGAAAAUGUAACGACGACGAGCUGAAAUUCUCUCCCCUCCCCCCCCCCCCCCCACCGGUGAACAAACGAGUAUAGGGGGGUUUUUUUUUUCUCCCUGGAAGGAAACCCAUGUUAAGCUUACAUUUACAUAACUAUGGUCAUUUGUACCGACCUUGACCUAGUGUGACUGUUAUACCACUGAUCAAACAAGUUUGUAAUCAGCCUGGUUUGACGUCCAUAUUUAUCAUGACCUCGAGAUUUUUUUGUUUUGUUAAAAAAUGAAUACAAGACAUUUUUUUUUAAAAGACGGAGAUACAACUAAAACGAUAACAAGGAUAACCAUUGAUAUCACAUUAAAGUGUAUUCAAUUCUGCACACUUAUGUGUGUUUAUUUUUAAUAUUGGUAUUGGUUUAAUAGUUCUUGAGCUGUGAUUUCUGGAUGUUUCUUUCAGAAUUUACCACACACACAAAAAUACAUAGAAAUAAACAACCCCAAAAAUUAUUUCACUUUUUCAUGACUUAAUUAUUUUUAAUUUAAAGCAACGAUGACCUCCCCAAUAAUUGUUUAAUACAAUGAUCAGUCCCUUUGAACCUUGUGGCCUGUGGCUUCCAUUGAAAUAAACAAAACAUUUUUGUGAAUAUAAAAAUUGUCAUAUUUGUUUAUAAUUUCUUUAUACAAUGCCAAGUCAUAACAAAUAUUCAGGAUAUUCAAAGAAGCGAAAUUUUCAUGGAAAUAGAUAUUAUACUAAGAAUAAUAUUGGACCCAAUGAGGAUAUUUCAAAUGUAAAUAAUUGAAACAGUGACGGUUUCCAUUAUUCAUUUCAUUGUUCAUUAUUAUUGAAGAUGAAAUACACUUCUCUAAAAUACCAAAGUGUAUUGGUCUUGACACACCCAAUGCCAAGCCCACUUAGAACAUUGAAAGGCAUUCAGGUUAAAGUGAAGGUUAAGCCAAUUUUAAUUUUAAUGUUUGUCAUAGCAGAAAUCACAAAAAUAAAAUUUAAAAAAUGAAAUCCUUAGAAGCAAGAAGAGCCAGCAGAAGGCUGAAAGUAGGGUUAGAAGAGUCAAAAGUUGAAGCUAAAAGACAUCCUUAUCUUUCAGGGGUCAUUAAGAUUAGAGAAUUUCUUUUUUUUUUUUUUGUUAACAAAAUUAUUGAGUGCAUUUUUUGCAACAUUUCAAAAAUGAGUUCACAUAAUUAAUGAUAACUUGUUAAAAUAUCAACCAAUUUUUAAAAAUUGUGCAUGCUGUUAUAUUUUAUAAUUGAAAAAUUGUCUAUGGCAUGAACUAAACAUAUUGAUAUUACAAUUUAUUAAUAAGUACAGAUUUUACAAUCUCUAAAAGUUUAAAUUUAAAAUGUCAAAAUUAAGAAAUAUUUCAAAUGCUGUGUUACAAAAAGUAUUCAAUAUAUUAACAUUUUUUAGUCCUAGCUAUGGCUAAUCCACAUUUCUAUGUGGUUAAUAGAGUAUAAUAAAUUUGAGCUUAAAUGAAAAUUCCUAAAAUAAUUUUUUUGUCAUACCUGCCAAUUUUAAGGCAGGAAAUUAUUACGUAUCUCUUUUUUUGAGGGCAAUUUUAUGUGUUAUUUUGGUAGUUUGACUAUUCAUCUAGCUUCAGUGAAAAUUGGACAUUUGCAGCUUUAAUAGUUUUUAGGGGGAAUUUUUUAGUAGUCGCCCUAUGUUCUGGGUGUACCUCCCUCCUUUAAACACAUGACUCAGUGUUUAACAAAUAGAAAUGUUCAUCCUGCUCCCAACCCAAACUUUAGGAAUAAAAACCUUUUAACAGAAAAAAAAACAAACUUAACUUUGAUUAAUUGACUUUUGAUGAGCCCCCCCCUUUUUUUAUAUAUAUAAACUUACUUUAAAUAUAUAAAAAAACAUUUUUUUCAAAAAAUUAAAUCAAUAAAUACGAAAAAUGAUUCAAUUUUAAUUGUUAUUGAUAUUGGGCCUUUAGGGACCAUUGCUAAGAUGUCAAUCUUUCUGUUGAAACUGCAUCAUCUUGACUUGGUCUAUAAUUACAAGUGUCUGUUUUUGUGAUUUCACAGAGCCGUCCAGGUCUUGACCAAGUUCAUGCAGCAUCCUGAACUCAGCGAAUUUUGCAAGGAAAGACAACUGGCGCUGAGUCAUGGCCUCCCUUUGGGUGCCUAUCUCCUUCGGCCUGUCCAGAGAAUACUCAAAUACCAUCUGUUGCUUCAGGUACACCUUGGAGCUGUUCUCAUUUUUAUAUAUUUACCUUGGCUGCAUUGAAAGGGGUCUUCUUAUCUGCUUUAUAGUCCAUCUGGCCGGUCUUAUGUAACUCAUAAGGAAAUGUAAAGCACCAGAUGGGAAAGCCAUUUCAGCCAACACCUUCUCAUGUUACCAUUACAGUGAUUGUAUUCUCCACUAAUAGCUGGCUGAGGUCCUCCUGGCUUAGAACAAGAUUGCUCCACAGGUUAUGCAUGCUGACCCCCCCCCCCCCCCCCAGUUUGAUCAAACAAUAGAAACAUUCUUCAAAAGAGCAUCAAUCAAAACGGACUUCAGAUUUUUUAAAACAAUAUUUCCUUAACCAAAGUUCUUACCUGUAUUUUUUAUGUUUCAUUUAACUGUUAUACUAUAGCAGUGGGUUAGCUAGGGUUGGCGCCACCCAGGGUGGGCGAGAAAUUUGCCACCCCUUUCACACAAAAAAGCUCUGCACUCUGAAAAUGCUGCCCCUGCAUAUAAUGAAAAAAGUGCCACCCAUGGUGGACCACCCCCUCCACACCCCCCUUCCUACGCCACUGUACUGUUGUGCCAGAUCAUUUCUGCUGAGUUAGAGCUAAUGCUAUAAUUCUUUUACAAUUAUAUCCUUAAUUUGUUUUUUGUUCACUUGACUCUUGUGAUUCUUGUGUCUCUUGCACAGAAUGGUUUUUGUCAAUGACACAUUUGUGUCGUUGUGUCGGCUGUCAAGUUAUCACAUACUUUGUCAUACAGCUUGUUGUACAGCUUAAUCACAGUAUCUACGUAUGAUUACAUAAAACAAGUACAAUGAUUUAUAGAAUCACAGAGGGCCAGUUGAGCUCUUAGAGCAACAUUAUAGGCUGAGCCAGACUGUCUGGCUUCAGAUCAUAUAUAUCUUAAAAAAUGUUAUGGAACAAUAAUGAUUUUUUUUAUGUCAACCCUAGGUCAAGGUCUGUAUUUGUUUAUCUGCAAAAAGACAACAUGUCUAACAAUGUCUCGUACAAUAGAGUUAUAACACUUCUGACGAUGUGUCAUAAGACAGAGCUUUUGUCAUAGAAACUUCAAAGCUUUGCAGCAUUGACUUUUUUGUUAAGGAAGCUAACCGCAACUUUAAAAUGCAGAGAUUGUCGUUUAGUCAUGGAACCGGUAUUUAGGGACAUGGCAUCCGCAUGCAGAAACACGAUACCGUGACGUUCAGAUGUGAUAAAGAAUGACAUCUUUAAAGCUAACUAGAAGCUUAAUUGUUCAGGGAUGAUCCUCUUCACCCCAAAACUUACAAUGACAUUUUGUUAUAUAAUUAAAACUACAUCACUAGAAGAGCCCAACUGACCCAAUGCAUGGAAGCGAAACCACUAAAAGACAUUUUUUUAAAUAAUCAUGUCUCCCAGACCAAAGGUCACACUGCUUAACCCUUGACCCGUGACUCUCUAAAUCAUUGUUGUUUUUUUUAAAAUUUUAUUCACUUGUUAAGAUCUUUUCACUAAGUUUUUGAAAUGAUCUAGUUGACUGUUCACAGAACAUUGUCAAGAGCUAUGAGAAGGAAGGCAAGGACGUGACCAUCUUGGAGCAGGCCUUCCAUCACAUGACACAGAUGGCGCACCACAUCAACGAAAUGAAGAGGAAGCACGAGCACGCCGUCAGGGUGCAGGAGAUUCAGAGCCAGCUGGAGGACUAUGUGGGGGAGGACCUCACGAGGCUGGGGGACCUGGUCCUGGAGGUGAGCUUUCAUAAUGGGUUGGGGGGGUUGAUGGUAGGAUGUUAUUAACAUUCUGAUAAUUGUGUUGUAAGAGUGUUGUAAGAGCAUUGUACAAUGUGUUAUAAGAGUGUUGUAAGAGUGUUGUACAUUGUGUUAUAAGAGUGUUGUAAGAGUGUUGUACAUUGAGUUAUAAGAGCAUUGUACAAUGUGUUAUAAGAGUGUUGUAUAUUGUGCUAUAAGAGUUUGUACACUGAGUUAUAAGAGUGUUGUACAUUGUGUUAUAAGAGCAUUGUACAAUGUGUUAUAAGAGUGUUGUACAUUGUGCUAUAAGAGUUUUGUACACUGUGUUAUAAGAGUGUUGUACAUUGUGCUAUAAGAGUUUUGUACAGUGAGUUAUAAGAGUCUUGUACAUUGUGCUAUAAGAGUGUUAUACACUGUAUUAUAAGAUUAGGGGUGUGCCGGAGUCCGGUCCGGAAUCCGGUUCCGCCGGAUUUUGCACUAUCCGGUGAAAUCCGGUUCCGCCGGAUUUACAUGUAUCCGGAACAACCGGAAUCCGGAAUAUACCGGAUUUCGGAAUUUGCCAGAUUUUGUGACUCACCGGAUCAUAAUCUGAAAUAAAAGUAAUUCUCUUUCCCGAAUUCCACACGAUCACGAUACAUUAAUCGAUUGUUUCGAGCGUUGAGCUUGUUUAAUGUUUAAUAUUCCGUACAUACCAGAGGCUAGAGUCAGCACCGCUAAUAGUGGCCAAUAGUGUAGGGACUUUGAUAAGAAAAUUUAAACUUUUUGUAAAAAUAAACCAAUGGCAUAGUUGAAAAGAUGUAAUUUUUUAAAGAAUUAUAACACCAAAAUCAUAUUUUUAGCUGUUGUAGUUUUAAAGUUAUGAAUUUUUAAAGUACGACUUGGUUUGUCAUUUUUUAACAUGGACUGCAUCUCCACAUUCUGUGAUCUCAUUCCACCAAUCCCGUCAUGCGCAAUGACUAUAUAGUUUAUAUAAGGCAACGCAUUCCCUGCCUUAUCACUAAAAUACUGUUUAGACUUAGUUUAAACUUUCAACUUUGGCACAUGAAUAAUUAAUUAAAGCUUUCCCUGACCAAUGGUUUAAUAGUUUUUGCACACGGCAAACUCUUAUGAAUGAAACUCUGAGGUAGUACUACGAUACAGUUAUGCAAGUGGCUGUGAAUGGUUGCCAAUGACAACGUGUUGCACACGGUAAAUUCUGAUCAUUUAUAAUAUGGAUUCUACCGGGUUGUUAAAGCUCAAAUUAAAACAUUCCAGUUUAAAUGUCUUUAAAUGCAUUCUGAAACACAAGUUAUCAAUUAUUUUGAUGUAAAUAGUGAUAAUAUAUUAAUAUUUCCUAAGUAUCGUCAACUUCCGCCAUUAAAAAGGGGGGCGUGGCCAACCCCAUGGCGAAAUCAGGUUGAGCGAGCUGCAUGACCUGCUGCGAACGCGUAGAAACAUGGCGUUUCUCGUAAGACACAUAUCCAAAUGGAACGGAACUCAAAUAUAUAUCGAAAGUACUAAUUUAAUAACAAAUAGACACACACAUCGGAAAAUUAAAAACUCUGAUUUUUUGGCGCCGAUUGCGAAUUCCCAUACACAAAAAGUAGUAGUCCACCUUGACUUACCGAAGUAUCUACCAAUAGUACCAGAAUCCGGGAGAAACCGGGAUCCGGGAGAAACCGGAAUCCGGAUUAUUCCGGAAUCCGAAUCCGGAAUCCGAAUCCGGAAUCCGGAUCCGAAUCCGGAUCCGGCGGAUUUCGCAUAAGAAAAUCCGGAUCCGGAUCCGGUUGGAAAAAACGGAUCCGGCACACCCCUAUAUAAGAUUGUUGUACACUGUAUUAUAAGAUUGUUGUACAGUGUGCUAUAAGAGUGUUGUACACUGUGCUGUAAGAGUGUUGUACACUGUGCUAUAAGAGUGUUGUAAACUGUGUUGUAAGAUUGUUGUACACUGUGCUGUAAGAGUGUUGUACACUGUGCUGUAAGAGUGUUGUACACUGUGCUGUAAGAGUGUUGUACACUGUGUUGUAAGAUUGUUGUACACUGUGCUAUAAGAGUGUUUUAUAUUGUGCUAUAAGAGUGUUGUACAUUGUGCUAUUAGAGUGUUGUACACUCUGCUACUAUUUCCAGAGCACGUUCCGUGUGUAUGGAGCCAAAGCCUCCAGACAAGUGUUUCUGUUUGAGAGGGGUCUGCUGAUCAGUAAGAAAAAAGGAGGCGGGAUGCUGAGCUGUAAGACAUUCAUCAAGGUAAUCAACUCACCUGUCGUAUAUGGCCAAAAUGAAUGAAACAAAGUAUAGGAAAACCUUAAGCGUCAGUUCACACGAUCAAAUUAACCUCAAAUUUUGCGUCAUAUUAGUGUAUGAACGCAUUAUUGUGUGCCUGGUUUCCUUUUUUUGGACAAAAAUGGGAAUUUGAUCAAAUAGUAAGUUGAUAGUUGUAACAAGGCUUCAUACAAUCAAAAUGCAUGAUCGAAAAUUUCAUCAGGUGAACUGACCCUAAUAAAGGAAUGCAACAAAACAACAAAUGUGUCGGCAAGAAGCCUUUAUCAGCAAACAAGCAAAAGUUUUAAAAAGUUUUGUUUCACUCAUUUCCUUUUUCUAACCUGACGGCAGUCUCUGCCCAUUAUAACCAUUUAUUACAAUGAAGUCUUGUAAAUAUGUUGAUAGAAAGGGGGAAAAAUGUUCCACAGUUUUUUUACAAAUGUCUUCAUUGAUAAAGCUCUUGAUAAGUAAAUAGAUCCAAGUUUUAGCCCAGAAGCUACAUUUUUUAAAGCUGUUAUCUUGCUGCAUCCCACAGUGUUCAAAUCUAAUGCUGGUGGAAGUGAUCCCCAAUGAACCGCUCAGUUUUCAUGUGAUCCCGUUUGACAACCCAAGGGCUCAGUAUACAUUACAGGUUGGUUACAUUACAUCAGUAUACAUUACAGGUUGGUUACAUUACAUCAGUAUACAUUACAGGUUGGUUACAUUACAUCAGUAUACAUUACAGGUUGGUUACAUUACAUCAGUAUACAUUAAGGUUGGUUACAUUACAUCAGUAUAUAUUACAGGUUGGGUACAUCAGUAUACAUUACAUAAGUUUCAUUAUACACACUGUAUUGAUUUGAUGUAUUCAGAUAAUCACUAGAGAACCUUGUGUUCAGAUAAUCACUAGAGAACCUUGUGUUCAGAUAAUCACUAGAGAACCUUGUGUUCAGAUAAUCACUAGAGAACCUUGUAUUCAGAUAAUCACUAGAGAACCUUGUAUUCAGAUAAUCACUAGAGAACCUUGUAUUCAGAUAAUCACUAGAGAACCUUGUAUUCAGAUAAUCACUAGAGAACCUUGUGUUCAGAUAAUCACUAGAGAACCUUGUAUUCAGAUAAUUACUAGAGAACCUUGUAUUCAGAUAAUCACUAGAGAACCUUGUAUUCAGAUAAUCACUAGAGAACCUUGUGUUCAGAUAAUCACUAGAGAACCUUGUGUUCAGAUAAUCACUAGAGAACCUUGUGUUCAGAUAAUCACUAGAGAACCUUGUGUUCAGAUAAUCACUAGAGAACCUCGUGUUCAGAUAAUCCCUAGAGAACCUUGUGUUCAGAUAAUCCCUAGAGAACCUUGUGUUCAGAUAAUCCCUAGAGAACCUUGUGUUUCAGUUCCAUUAAAAAUCCUAUUACGUGUAAACCCAUAAAAUCCAUUGAUAGCCAAUAAAAACUAGACAAUGUCAAGUUUCAAGUUUUAUUUGAUAAAUUCAACUGAUUUUUUACAUUAGGAUAGUACUGCGAGGUCAUGCCAUUUAUAACUUUGUUACUAUAGUAUAAUACUGCUUGGUCAUGACAUUUAUAACUUUGUUACUGCAGUAUAAUACUGCUUGGUCAUGAGACAUUUAUAACUUUGUUACUGUAGUAUAAUACUGCUUGGUCAUGCCAUUUAUAACUUUGUUACUUCAGUAUAAUACUGCUUGGUCAUGAGACAUUUAUAACUUUGUUACUGUAGUAUAAUACUGCUUGGUCAUGACAUUUUUAACUUUGUUACUGCAGUAUAAUACUGCUUGGUCAUGACAUUUAUAACUUUGUUACUGCAGUAUAAUACUGCUUGGUCAUGCCAUUUAUAACUUUGUUACUUCAGUAUAAUACUGCUUGGUCAUGAGACAUUUAUAACUUUGUUACUGUAGUAUAAUACUGCUUGGUCAUGACAUUUUUAACUUUGUUACUGCAGUAUAAUACUGCUUGGUCAUGACAUUUAUAACUUUGUUACUGUAGUAUAAUACUGCUUGGUCAUGACAUUUAUAACUUUGUUACUGUAGUAUAAUACUGCUUGGUCAUGACAUUUAUAACUUACCCAGCAUGGCUGAUGUUAAAAAAACUGCACAAUUUUUGUUUCGUUUGAAUAAUGCUAAGAUUUUUUUUCAAAAACAAAACAAAGUAUUAACUGCUUUAAGAGUGUAUGAAAUUAAGCUUUGUUUUUUUAAAAAAAGGACAUUUAUUUUACCUGAAGAGAAGUGUGAUGAUAUGUCAAUACUUAAAGCAGUGGUUCUUAACCUUGUAUGGAGAUACCGAACCCCACCAGUUUCAUAUGCGCAUUCACCAAACCCUUCUUAAUAGGAAAAAUAAUAAUUUUUUUUUUUUCUGUUUUUUUUUUUUUUUGGACCUCCACCGAACCCCUGAGACUGACUCACUGAACCCCUGGGGUUUGAUCGAACCCAGGUUAAGAACCACUGACUUAAAGAGUGAAGAAAAAUGUGAUGAUAUGUCAAUACUUAAACAGACUGUCUGCAUGAAAUAUUUUUAUUCGCCAGGCUCGGAACAUGGAGCAGAAGAAAAAGUGGUGCCAGGAAAUAAAGCGCCUGAUACUUGAAAGUUUCAAAGGUCGGAUUCCAGACAGCGUGAAGGAUUUAGUCAUGCAGCUUGGCAGCAACCAUGAUGACGGUAUGUCCACUGGGUUGUAAUGGCUUUUAGUUUACUCAUGGGUUGACAAGUUGUGUCACAUCCCAGACAGUGUGAAGGAUUUAGUCAUGCAGCUUGGCAGCAACCAUGAUGACGGUAUGUCCACUGGUUUGUAACGGCUUUUAGUUUACUCAUGGGUUGACAAGUUGUGUCACAUCCCAGACAGUGUGAAGGAUUUAGUCAUGCAGCUUGGCAGCAAUCAUGAUGACGGUAUGUCCACUGGGUUGUAAUGGCUUUUAGUUUACUCGUGGGUUGACAAGUUGUGUCACAUCCCAGACAGUGUGAAGGAUUUAGUCAUGCAGCUUGGCAGCAACCAUGAUGACAGCAUGUCCACUGGGUUGUAAUGGCUUUUAGUUUACUCGUGGGUUGACAAGUUGUGUCACAUCCCAGACAGUGUGAAGGAUUUAGUCAUGCAGCUUGGCAGCAACCAUGAUGACUGUAUGUUCACUGGGUUGGAAUGGCUUUUAGUUUACUCGUGGGUUGACAAGUUGUGUCACAUCCCAGACAGUGUGAAGGAUUUAGUCAUGCAGCUUGGCAGCAACCAUGAUGACGGUAUGUCCACUGGGUUGUAAUGGCUUUUAGUUUACUCGUGGGUUGACAAGUUGUGUCACAUCACAGACAGUGUGAAGGAUUUAGUCAUGCCGCUUGGCAGCAACCAUGAUGACUGUAUGUCCACUGGUUUGUAACGGCUUUUAGUUUACUAGUGGAUUGACAAGUUGUGUCAUGAGAAUAAUGGGAAUUUUUCCCUUCUGGGUGAAGACUCCAUACCUUCUACAUCAUGCAGUAUUGUUAUGUAUAUGCUGCUCAGACAGAUGAGCGUACAUGCCCAAAUAGGCACUGGAUCUAAAUGAUGAUUUAUGUGCUGCUGAGAUUUCACUUGAACAAAAAUUCAACAUUUAACAACGACAUGAAAUUGAUUGAGCAAAUAAAAUGAUAAAUUAAGUUAAUGUGGUACUGGGAUGUUGUACCGUGGUACUGGGACGUUGUACUGUGGUACUGGGAGGUUGUACUGUGGUACUGGGACGUUGUACUGUGGUACUGGGACAUUGUACUGGUACUGGGACGUUGUACCUACCUUUUCAAUCUCAUUGAACAUUGUGCAAUAGAUAUUUCAUUAAACAAAUUUUUUUGAUACAAAAAUUUAAAAAACUCUGCCACUGAUUUAAUUCCCAGAUUACGUGACUAAAGAAGCGCUCGAAGCAGUCCGGAAGAAUCAACACACAGCUCCUGAAUAUUUGGAGAAAAGAAAAUUCAGGAGAAAGUCUGGAUCACGUCUGCCAGGUAGGUAGGGAGGUCAUGGGAAGUCAUGGACUUUCCUUUGGUUGAUGCCUGAGGUUCUCAUAUAAGAUCAGAUGAGAUUCUUUUAUUGAUUCAAUUCAAUGGACAUUUUGUUUUGAUUGUUUUCUUAAGUGAAUCAUUGUGUGGUAAGAAUAGAAGUUAGGUUCUUGAGUGAAUCAUUGUGUGGUAAGAAUAGAAGAUAGGUUCUUGAGUGAAUCAUUGUGUGGUAAGAAUAGAAGUUAGGUUCUUGAGUGAAUCAUUGUGUGGUAAGAAUAGAAGUUAGGUUCUUGAGUGAAUCAAACACACCAUUCUUAUCUUCAAUCCAAGUUGAGUGAAUCAUUGUGUGGUAAGAAUAGAAGUUAGGUUCUUGAGUGAAUCAUUGUGUGGUAAGAAUAGAAGUUAGGUUCUUGAGUGAAUCAUUGUGUGUUCAGAAUGGAAGUUAAGUUCUUGAGUGAAUCAUUGUGUGUUCAGAAUGGAUGUUAAGUUCUUGAGUGAAUCAUUGUGUGUUCAGAAUGGAUGUUAAGUUCUUGAGUGAAUCAUUGUGUGGUCAGAAUGGAAGUUAAGUUCUUGAGUGAAUCAUUGUGUGGUAAGAAUAGAAGUUAGGUUCUUGAGUGAAUCAUUGUGUGUUCAGAAUGGAAGUUAAGUUCUUGAGUAAAUCAUUGUGUGUUCAGAAUGGAAGUUAAGUUCUUGAGUGAAUCAUUGUGUGUUCAGAAUGGAUGUUAAGUUCUUGAGUAAAUCAUUGUGUGUUCAGAAUGGAUGUUAAGUUCUUGAGUGUAUCAUUGUGUGGUCAGAAUGGAUGUUAAGUUCUUGAGUGAAUCAUUGUGUGUUCAGAAUGGAUGUUAAGUUCUUGAGUAAAUCAUUGUGUGUUCAGAAUGGAUGUUAAGUUCUUGAGUGUAUCAUUGUGUGGUCAGAAUGGAUGUUAAGUUCUUGAGUAAAUCAUUGUGUGUUCAGAAUGGAAGUUAAGUUCUUGAGUGUAUCAUUGUGUGGUCAGAAUGGAUGUUAAGUUCUUGAGUGAAUCAUUGUGUGUUCAGAAUGGAAGUUAAGUUCUUGAGUGUAUCAUUGUGUGUUCAGAAUGGAUGUUAAGUUCUUGAGUGUAUCAUUGUGUGGUCAGAAUGGAUGUUAAGUUCUUGAGUGAAUCAUUGUGUGUUCAGAAUGGAAGUUAAGUUCUUGAGUGUAUCAUUGUGUGUUCAGAAUGGAAGUUAAGUUCUUGAGUAAAUCAUUGUGUGUUCAGAAUGGAUGUUAAGUUCUUGAGUGAAUCAUUGUGUGGUCAGAAUGGAUGUUAAGUUCUUGAGUGAAUCAUUGUGUGUUCAGAAUGGAUGUUAAGUUCUUGAGUGUAUCAUUGUGUGGUCAGAAUGGAUGUUAAGUUCUUGAGUGAAUCAUUGUGUGUUCAGAAUGGAUGUUAAGUUCUUGAGUGAAUCAUUGUGUGUUCAGAAUGGAUGUUAAGUUCUUGAGUGAAUCAUUGUGUGUUCAGAAUGGAUGUUAAGUUCUUGAGUGAAUCAUUGUGUGUUCAGAAUGGAUGUUAAGUUCUUGAGUGAAUCAUUGUGUGUUCAGAAUGGAUGUUAAGUUCUUGAGUGAAUCAUUGUGUGUUCAGAAUGGAUGUUAAGUUCUUGAGUGAAUCAUUGUGUGUUCAGAAUGGAUGUUAAGUUCUUGAGUGAAUCAUUGUGUGUUCAGAAUGGAUGUUAAGUUCUUGAGUGAAUCAUUGUGUGUUCAGAAUGGAUGUUAAGUUCUUGAGUGAAUCAUUGUGUGUUCAGAAUGGAUGUUAAGUUCUUGAGUGAAUCAUUGUGUGUUCAGAAUGGAUGUUAAGUUCUUGAGUGAAUCAUUGUGUGUUCAGAAUGGAUGUUAAGUUCUUGAGUGAAUCAUUGUGUGUUCAGAAUGGAUGUUAAGUUCUUGAGUGAAUCAUUGUGUGUUCAGAAUGGAUGUUAAGUUCUUGAGUGAAUCAUUGUGUGUUCAGAAUGGAUGUUAAGUUCUUGAGUGAAUCAUUGUGUGUUCAGAAUGGAUGUUAAGUUCUUGAGUGAAUCAUUGUGUGUUCAGAAUGGAUGUUAAGUUCUUGAGUAAAUCAUUGUGUGUUCAGAAUGGAUGUUAAGUUCUUGAGUGAAUCAUUGUGUGUUCAGAAUGGAUGUUAAGUUCUUGAGUAAAUCAUUGUGUGGUCAGAAUGGAUGUUAAGUUCUUGAGUGAAUCAUUGUGUGUUCAGAAUGGAUGUUAAGUUCUUGAGUGUAUCAUUGUGUGUUCAGAAUGGAUGUUAAGUUCUUGAGUAAAUCAUUGUGUGGUCAGAAUGGAUGUUAAGUUCUUGAGUGUAUCAUUGUGUGGUCAGAAUGGAUGUUAAGUUCUUGAGUGUAUCAUUGUGUGGUCAGAAUGGAUGUUAAGUUCUUGAGUAAAUCAUUGUGUGUUCAGAAUGGAUGUUAAGUUCUUGAGUGUAUCAUUGUGUGGUCAGAAUGGAUGUUAAGUUCUUGAGUGAAUCAUUGUGUGUUCAGAAUGGAUGUUAAGUUCUUGAGUGAAUCAUUGUGUGUUCAGAAUGGAUGUUAAGUUCUUGAGUGUAUCAUUGUGUGUUCAGAAUGGAUGUUAAGUUCUUGAGUGAAUCAUUGUGUGUUCAGAAUGGAUGUUAAGUUCUUGAGUGUAUCAUUGUGUGUUCAGAAUGGAUGUUAAGUUCUUGAGUAAAUCAUUGUGUGUUCAGAAUGGAUGUUAAGUUCUUGAGUAAAUCAUUGUGUGUUCAGAAUGGAUGUUAAGUUCUUGAGUGUAUCAUUGUGUGGUCAGAAUGGAUGUUAAGUUCUUGAGUGAAUCAUUGUGUGGUAAGAAUAGAAGUUAGGUUCUUGAGUGAAUCAUUGUGUGUUCAGAAUGGAUGUUAAGUUCUUGAGUAAAUCAUUGUGUGUUCAGAAUGGAUGUUAAGUUCUUGAGUAAAUCAUUGUGUGUUCAGAAUGGAUGUUAAGUUCUUGAGUGUAUCAUUGUGUGGUCAGAAUGGAUGUUAAGUUCUUGAGUGAAUCAUUGUGUGUUCAGAAUGGAUGUUAAGUUCUUGAGUGAAUCAUUGUGUGUUCAGAAUGGAUGUUAAGUUCUUGAGUGUAUCAUUGUGUGUUCAGAAUGGAUGUUAAGUUCUUGAGUGAAUCAUUGUGUGUUCAGAAUGGAUGUUAAGUUCUUGAGUGAAUCAUUGUGUGGUCAGAAUGGAUGUUAAGUUCUUGAGUGUAUCAUUGUGUGGUCAGAAUGGAUGUUAAGUUCUUGAGUAAAUCAUUGUGUGUUCAGAAUGGAUGUUAAGUUCUUGAGUGAAUCAUUGUGUGGUAAGAAUAGAAGUUAGGUUCUUGAGUGAAUCAUUGUGUGGUAAGAAUAGAAGUUAGGUUCUUGAGUGAAUCAUUGUGUGUUCAGAAUUUCAGAAUGGAUGUUAAGUUCUUGAGUGAAUCAUUGUGUGUUCAGAAUGGAUGUUAAGUUCUUGAGUGUAUCAUUGUGUGGUCAGAAUGGAUGUUAAGUUCUUGAGUGAAUCAUUGUGUGUUCAGAAUGGAUGUUAAGUUCUUGAGUAAAUCAUUGUGUGUUCAGAAUGGAUGUUAAGUUCUUGAGUGAAUCAUUGUGUGGUCAGAAUGGAAGUUAAGUUCUUGAGUAAAUCAUUGUGUGUUCAGAAUGGAAGUUAAGUUCUUGAGUGAAUCAUUGUGUGUUCAGAAUGGAUGUUAAGUUCUUGAGUAAAUCAUUGUGUGUUCAGAAUGGAAGUUAAGUUCUUGAGUAAAUCAUUGUGUGGUCAGAAUGGAUGUUAAGUUCUUGAGUGAAUCAUUGUGUGUUCAGAAUGGAUGUUAAGUUCUUGAGUGUAUCAUUGUGUGGUCAGAAUGGAUGUUAAGUUCUUGAGUGUAUCAUUGUGUGGUCAGAAUGGAAGUUAAGUUCUUGAGUAAAUCAUUGUGUGUUCAGAAUGGAAGUUAAGUUCUUGAGUAAAUCAUUGUGUGGUCAGAAUGGAUGUUAAGUUCUUGAGUGAAUCAUUGUGUGUUCAGAAUGGAUGUUAAGUUCUUGAGUGAAUCAUUGUGUGUUCAGAAUGGAUGUUAAGUUCUUGAGUGAAUCAUUGUGUGUUCAGAAUGGAUGUUAAGUUCUUGAGUGAAUCAUUGUGUGUUCAGAAUGGAUGUUAAGUUCUUGAGUGAAUCAUUGUGUGUUCAGAAUGGAUGUUAAGUUCUUGAGUGAAUCAUUGUGUGUUCAGAAUGGAUGUUAAGUUCUUGAGUGAAUCAUUGUGUGUUCAGAAUGGAUGUUAAGUUCUUGAGUGAAUCAUUGUGUGUUCAGAAUGGAUGUUAAGUUCUUGAGUGAAUCAUUGUGUGUUCAGAAUGGAUGUUAAGUUCUUGAGUGAAUCAUUGUGUGUUCAGAAUGGAUGUUAAGUUCUUGAGUGAAUCAUUGUGUGUUCAGAAUGGAUGUUAAGUUCUUGAGUGAAUCAUUGUGUGUUCAGAAUGGAUGUUAAGUUCUUGAGUGAAUCAUUGUGUGUUCAGAAUGGAUGUUAAGUUCUUGAGUGAAUCAUUGUGUGUUCAGAAUGGAUGUUAAGUUCUUGAGUGAAUCAUUGUGUGUUCAGAAUGGAUGUUAAGUUCUUGAGUGAAUCAUUGUGUGUUCAGAAUGGAUGUUAAGUUCUUGAGUGAAUCAUUGUGUGUUCAGAAUGGAUGUUAAGUUCUUGAGUGAAUCAUUGUGUGUUCAGAAUGGAUGUUAAGUUCUUGAGUGAAUCAUUGUGUGUUCAGAAUGGAUGUUAAGUUCUUGAGUGAAUCAUUGUGUGUUCAGAAUGGAUGUUAAGUUCUUGAGUGAAUCAUUGUGUGUUCAGAAUGGAUGUUAAGUUCUUGAGUGAAUCAUUGUGUGUUCAGAAUGGAUGUUAAGUUCUUGAGUGAAUCAUUGUGUGUUCAGAAUGGAUGUUAAGUUCUUGAGUGAAUCAUUGUGUGUUCAGAAUGGAUGUUAAGUUCUUGAGUGAAUCAUUGUGUGUUCAGAAUGGAUGUUAAGUUCUUGAGUGAAUCAUUGUGUGUUCAGAAUGGAUGUUAAGUUCUUGAGUGAAUCAUUGUGUGUUCAGAAUGGAUGUUAAGUUCUUGAGUGAAUCAUUGUGUGUUCAGAAUGGAUGUUAAGUUCUUGAGUGUAUCAUUGUGUGGUCAGAAUGGAUGUUAAGUUCUUGAGUGAAUCAUUGUGUGGUAAGAAUAGAAGUUAGGUUCUUGAGUGAAUCAUUGUGUGGUAAGAAUAGAAGUUAGGUUCUUGAGUGAAUCAUUGUGUGUUCAGAAUGGAUGUUAAGUUCUUGAGUAAAUCAUUGUGUGUUCAGAAUGGAAGUUAAGUUCUUGAGUGUAUCAUUGUGUGUUCAGAAUGGAUGUUAAGUUCUUGAGUAAAUCAUUGUGUGUUCAGAAUGGAUGUUAAGUUCUUGAGUGUAUCAUUGUGUGGUCAGAAUGGAUGUUAAGUUCUUGAGUGAAUCAUUGUGUGGUAAGAAUAGAAGUUAGGUUCUUGAGUGAAUCAUUGUGUGUUCAGAAUGGAUGUUAAGUUCUUGAGUGAAUCAUUGUGUGUUCAGAAUGGAUGUUAAGUUCUUGAGUAAAUCAUUGUGUGUUCAGAAUGGAUGUUAAGUUCUUGAGUGAAUCAUUGUGUGUUCAGAAUGGAUGUUAAGUUCUUGAGUGAAUCAUUGUGUGUUCAGAAUGGAUGUUAAGUUCUUGAGUAAAUCAUUGUGUGUUCAGAAUGGAUGUUAAGUUCUUGAGUGUUAGUAACACACAAGUCUUACCUACAAUUCAUCUUGAGUGUAUCAUUGUGUGGUCAGAAUGGAUGUUAAGUUCUUGAGUAAAUCAUUGUGUGUUCAGAAUGGAAGUUAAGUUCUUGAGUGAAUCAUUGUGUGGUAAGAAUAGAAGUUAGGUUCUUGAGUGAAUCAUUGUGUGUUCAGAAUGGAUGUUAAGUUCUUGAGUGUAUCAUUGUGUGGUCAGAAUGGAUGUUAAGUUCUUGAGUAAAUCAUUGUGUGUUCAGAAUGGAAGUUAAGUUCUUGAGUGAAUCAUUGUGUGGUAAGAAUAGAAGUUAGGUUCUUGAGUAAAUCAUUGUGUGUUCAGAAUGGAUGUUAAGUUCUUGAGUGUAUCAUUGUGUGGUCAGAAUGGAUGUUAAGUUCUUGAGUGAAUCAUUGUGUGUUCAGAAUGGAUGUUAAGUUCUUGAGUAAAUCAUUGUGUGUUCAGAAUGGAUGUUAAGUUCUUGAGUGUAUCAUUGUGUGGUCAGAAUGGAUGUUAAGUUCUUGAGUAAAUCAUUGUGUGUUCAGAAUGGAUGUUAAGUUCUUGAGUGAAUCAUUGUGUGGUAAGAAUAGAAGUUAGGUUCUUGAGUGAAUCAUUGUGUGGUAAGAAUAGAAGUUAGGUUCUUGAGUGAAUCAUUGUGUGGUAAGAAUAGAAGUUAGGUUCUUGAGUGAAUCAUUGUGUGGUAAGAAUAGAAGUUAGGUUCUUGAGUGAAUCAAACACACCAUUCUUAUCUUCAAUCCAAGAACAGUGAAUCAUUGUGUGGUAAGAAUAGAAGUUAGGUUCUUGAGUGAAUCAUUGUGUGGUAAGAAUAGAAGUUAGGUUCUUGAGUGAAUCAUUGUGUGGUCAGAAUAGAAGUUAGGUUCUUGAGUGAAUCAUUGUGUGGUCAUGGCUUUUUGUUCAAGCAGAGUUCCUGGCUUCUGUGGAUAAUCCUAAUGUCUGUAACCGACUUAGCUUUGGUUUGUUGCUUCAAAACCGCCAUCGUGCAAGAUGGCUGAUAAUAUGGUGUAUAAGAUGGUGGAUCCUCUGAGUCCAAGAUAGCGGAUGUGAAUUAGAUUAAACCCUGCUAUGUCUGAAAAUACCAUUUUACCAAUGUUACUCACCAUAAAACACAAGAUUAUCAGUCCAAAAUAACACCAUGUUGCACAUUGACCAUAACAUCAUGUUACACAUUGACCAUAACAUCAUGUUACACAUUGACCAUAACAUCAUGUUACACAUUGACCAUAACAUCAUGUUACACAUUGACCACGACUUGAUUCCAAAAUAAAACAUUAAAAAUCCCUGAAAACUGAUGCGAUUGAAUCACCUGCAGAGUAGGGCCCUGGAAGUAAUUUAACUCGGAUAUUUGAAUUUUUUUCCUACAGAGAUUUGUCACCCAUUGAAACGUUACAUUGAUCAAUACACACCAACUGAUUUUUUAAAAAAAUGACAUUUCAUAAAUUCAGCAGCAAAUCAAGUGCUUCUCAUUAAGAAUUAGUUUCUUGUAAAAUCCAUUUUUUUUUACUCCUAUUAUUUUAAUCCUAUUAUUAUACUCCUGUUAUUUUACUCCUACUUUUUAAAACAGAUUUCAGUAUAUUAAAGCCACAGAAAGCAAAAAGAGGUAAUUUUUAA